ACUCCACCUUUCUACUUUGCUCCACCAUUAAGAAAAUGGCGCGAAAAUCCCUAACAACUGCCCUGGGAAAUCUUCGCGUCACUGCCUUUCUUUUCCUCUCUCUCCAUGCAGUCAUCGGCAGUGGCCAUGAUUACCAUGACGCCCUCCGCAAGAGCAUUCUCUUCUUCGAAGGCCAGCGCUCCGGCAAGCUCCCUCCAGAUCAAAGAGUCAAGUGGCGCCGCGACUCCGCCUUGCAUGACGGCUCUACCGUUGGUAGGGAUUUGACGGGAGGAUAUUACGAUGCCGGGGAUAACAUAAAGUUUGGAUUCCCAAUGGCAUUUACGACGACAUUAUUGUCAUGGAGCAUUAUUGAUUUCGGAAGGAACAUGGGGCCGGAGUUGAAGAACGCCGUCAAAGCAGUCAGAUGGGCGACUGAUUACUUACUAAAAGUAACCGCGAUACCUGACGUCGUUUAUGUCCAGGUAGGUGACGCGUAUUCGGAUCAUAACUGCUGGGAGAGGCCGGAGGACAUGGACACUCUGAGGUCGGUGUAUAAGAUCGAUGGAUCCCACCCGGGAUCUGACGUGGCUGGUGAAAAGCCGCAACCAGCCGCUGCUUUGGCGGCCGCGUCCAUUGUAUUUCGUUCACGUGACCCUGCCUAUUCUAGGUUGCUUCUCAAUCGAGCCGUUAUGGUCUUCGACUUUGCUGACAGACACCGCGGUGCGUACAGUAGUAGCUUGCGUUCUGCAGUUUGCCCUUUUUACUGUGAUGUGAAUGGUUACCAGGACGAGUUGCUCUGGGGAGCAGUGUGGUUGCAUAAGGCCUCGCGCAGGCGCAGAUACAGAGAGUAUGUAGUGAAAAACGAGGUAAUAUUGCAUGCUGGAGAUACCAUCAAUGAGUUCGGGUGGGAUAACAAGCAUGCUGGCAUUAACGUCCUCAUUUCCAAGGAAGUGUUAAUGGGAAGAGCAGAAUAUUUUGAGUCUUUCAAGCAGAAUGCAGAUGACUUUAUUUGUUCUAUAUUGCCUGGGAUUUCUCAUCCUCAACUUCAAUAUUCUCCAGGCGGGCUGAUCUUCAAGGCUGGAGGGAGUAACAUGCAGCAUGUAACGUCUUUGUCUUUCCUGCUUUUGGCCUUUUCUAGUUAUCUAAGCCAUGCCAAUAAGGUCGUGCCAUGUGGUGAGACGACAGCUUCCCCUGCCCUUCUCAAGCAAUUGGCCAAACGUCAGGUAGACUACAUUCUUGGAGAUAAUCCACUGGGGAUGUCAUACAUGGUUGGAUAUGGUCCACGUUAUCCACUGAGGAUCCACCACAGGGGCAGCUCGCUGCCAUCAGUGCAGGCGCACCCCGCUCGCAUUAGGUGUAAAGAGGGGUCGCGCUACUUCUUAAGUCCAAAUCCAAACCCCAAUGUGCAUGUGGGUGCGGUUGUUGGUGGGCCUAACAUCACAGAUGCUUUUCCAGAUUCCAGGCCAUUCUUUCAAGAGUCAGAGCCCACGACAUACAUCAAUGCUCCCUUAGUAGGCCUACUUGCAUACUUUUCAGCCCACCCUUGAUUUCCGGAAUGGAAAGGAUCAUUAAUUCAGUGGUGUGCAAAAUGGUCGCCCUACCAAUUACUGUCAAAGAUUCUAAUUGUCCCUAGCUAAUGAAGAAAGAAUGUUGAUUCUGCGAAACGAUGGCGCUUUCAUUUUCUCCUUUGUUUCUGUCCUUGGUAAUAAUUGAACAUCUCAGAUGCUAUGUUCAAUGGCGAAGCCAUCAAGAUGCCAGACAAAUUAGCAUAAUUGAAAAUUUAUAAUAUACUAAUAAAUCAUUGAAAA